AUGGCAGAGAAAAAGAGAGAGGUCAGACCAAAUUCUCAUGUCAGCUCAAAAGGGAGAGAGAAAUUGAGAUUGGUCAUGGCCAUGCAUGGUAUUGCUAGCUGCAGCAAACAGAAGAUGAAGAGAGGACUGUGGUCUCCUGAAGAAGAUGAGAAGCUUAUCAGAUUUAUCAGCAUCCAUGGUCACAAUAAUUGGAGUUCUGUCCCUACGCUUGCAGGCUUGCAGAGAUGUGGAAAGAGUUGCAGAUUGAGAUGGAUGAAUUAUCUGAGACCAGGCCUUAAGAAGAGCUCCUUUACUUCAGAAGAAGAGCAGGUUAUCAUCGAUGUUCAUAGGAUUCUGGGAAACAGAUGGGCCCAAAUAGCGAAGCACCUUCCCGGAAGAACUGACAAUGAGAUCAAGAAUUUCUGGAACUCUUUCAUCAAGAAGAAGUUCCUAUCUCAUGGCUUGAACCCUCAAACUCAAACUCACACUCUUCUCUCUUCUUCUUCUUCUUCUUCUUCUUCUGCUUCUGCUUUUCAUAAAACAGAAACUUCUGCAGCAUCAUGCGAUAUCUCAGUCUCAUAUGGUAUUCAUUCGAACAAUCCCAAUUCCUUCAGUUUCAUUCCCAUGGAAGCACGCAGUGUACCUUGUUCUUCACUAGUCCCUAAAGCUCAGCCUCUACCAAUUUUUAAUGAGCAAGCUGUUUCCAGUAUUAUUUCUAAUCAUAACUAUGACUGUAAUCAACACUCUCAUCAAUUCUCAGCUUGCCCUUCUGAAUUAUCAAUGGAAAACACACUCAGCAAUGUUUCUUCUUCUUGCAUAAACCCAUCUGAGGUUGCACUUUCCGAUAAUUUUAGAGCUGAGCCAUGGGAAAAAGCAGUGGAAUUAGGACACGUGGUUCAGCAAGAGAAGGGAGCUAUUGAAGUGAAUAAUAUUGAUUGUCUUGAGGGGGCAAACGUUGAUCUUUACAUGAUGGAGAGUAUACUUGCAUCUGAAUUCAUGUCUGAAGAUCCCAGCUUUAUGGAUGAGUUUGCCUGGAACUUUUAA